AUGACCGAGUUUUAUAAAUACCGUAACAAUGAAUGCAUUUGUAAUAAAAUAAUUAAAUGUAGUGUUAAUACCAACAAUAGCGACGGCGACGACAACAACAAUAGCGGCAACAAUACAGUAUAUUAUGUUACGGUAACCGCUGGCGGUCACCGACACAAAACUGGUGGCAACAUAACAUGUUCGCCGAAGACACGGCCAGGUAUCGAGUGUCCCAAUUGUCAUCUGCAAAGAGCGGCCGAUAGGGUUACCGAUGAUGACCAGGAAAUGAAGAUCUGGUGUCGCACCAGUUGGGAGACAACGAAACGCAAGAUCCGCUUAUAUAGGUAUCAUAUUGUGGCCAACUGUCUGAAGCCGGCAUCUCAGGACCCGAGCUUUAGAGGACUAACUUUACAUAUAAAAAAUAGUGUAUUAGAGGAAAAUGUUGACCAAUUUCUAGGUAUACCAUAUGCCGUACCACCGAUUGGUGAGUUAAGGUUUGCUAAACCACUGCCAAUCACUACACCGGCAAAAGAUAUAAUUGAUGCAACAAAAACUAAGUACUGGUGUAUGCAAAGCAUUAAUGAUAAUAUGCGAUCAGUUUAUGGCAUAUUUAAUACUAGUGAAGAUUGUCUGACAUUAAACAUAUGGCGAAAAAACGACAUGAGCUCCACAUUAAAACCAGUUAUGUUUUGGAUACACGGCGGCGGGUUUAUUGCAGGUUCAAGUUUAGCACCCAUUUAUAAUGGAUCAGUACUGGCCAUCAAUGAUGUAGUGGUUGUCUCUGCAAACUACAGAUUAGGGGUAUUCGGGUUUACUUUUGGUGAUCGAGAGGACGCUCCGGGAAACGUUGCUCUGUUUGACCAAUUGUUAGCAUUGAAAUGGGUUAGAGAUAACAUUCAUAAGUUUGGUGGCGAUAGAGAUAGUAUCACUAUAUUUGGUGAAAGUGCCGGCAGUAUGUCUGUAUCGGCACACAUCCUGUCACCGCUAUCUAAGGGAUUAUUUAAGAGAGCUAUUAUGCAAAGCGGCGCACAUAUGUUUAAUAAGGACAGGGAUGUUAUCACUAAAACCGAUGCCAUUCAUUAUGGAAAACAAAUGGCUAAAGAUUUCAAGUGCACCGAUAGUGACAAUUGGAUACAAUGUUUAAGAAAAGUCGAUAAAAAUGAAUUGACAAAAAAGUUUCAGUUAAUUACUAGAGCAGUAGUGGGCACUCAGUUUUUACCACUUUCCACGAGUCAGGCAUUUAAACAAAAUAAGUUUAAUUCAGAAAUUGAUAUAAUUGCUGGCAUUAAUCGCAAUGAGGGACACACCUAUUAUGAGGAACAGUUCACUAUUGAUGUGUUUAUGAAAUAUUUGCAUAAUAUUGACAAAGAAUUUCACGGUUUUGAUCUCCAAAAAGUGGCCGACUUUUAUCUGAUAGGUGUCGACAAAACAAAUUCAGAUUCAUUGAAACGAUCGUUGGAUGAGUUUAUCGGUGAUGCUCUACUCAAGUGUCCGACCUAUUUGUUUGCUAAACAAGUAGCUAAACGUGUGAACAUUGAACAUAAUAAGGCAUUUUUCUAUGAGCUUACAUAUAUGAGCCAGUUUUUCGGUAAAAUAUCUAAUUGUGAGCCCAGUCAAAUUGCUAUUUGUCAUUUAGAGGACCUACCGUUUGUGUUUGGCCUACCAUUGCUAUCACCUGAACUUUAUACACAACAAGACAUAGUGUUCAGCAGACAAGUACAGCAAUUAUGGACUGAUUUUGCAAAGAUUGGUAAACCUCAUCAUCAAUGGCCACAAUUAUUGACAACAAAUACAACAUUUAACAGUAGAGUAAAAGACUUGAAUCCCAUAAAUAAGACUAAAAUAUUUGAUCAUCUCUUUGAUAAAACUUGUGAUACGUUUUGGUAUAAUUAUUAUUUAUAA